AUGUACAACCAUACUACUGGCAAGUACGAGGUCGUACCUCAUUGCGAUGGAGCUGUCGCAACAGGUGGAUUCGCUCCUCCGUCGCUAUCCAACGGCACGGCGGAAGUCGAAUGCGCCAAAUAUACGGCGGCCGAAUAUAUGAUCGGACAGACCGGUGCCAUGGCUGGAGUUGCCGCUUUCAUGAUUGUUUCCUCUGUCUACAAGAUCCCCGUCUCGGCAACUCACGCAAUAGUUGGCGCUUCGUUGGCAUCCUCGCUUUAUUUAAGAGGAAACAUUGGAAUCAAAUGGAGUGAAAUCGGAGGAAUAGUGGCAUCGUGGUUCAUCUCGCCACUCAUUGCUGGCUUUUUCGCCUCCGCCUUCUAUCUGAUCAUCAAAUACUCAGUACUACUCCGAAAAGACACAUUCAAAUGGGCACUAAUGAUGUGCCCUGUAUUCAUGUGUUUCACCAUCACCGUUAACCUCUUCGCGUGCAUAUUUGACGGGUCAUCAAAAUAUCUUGGAUUUGAUCGUCUGUCAUGGUGGCAAGCUGGUCUCAUUUCGCUUGCCACUGGCCUGGUUGCAAUGUUCCUUCUCUCCUGUCCUUUGAAGUCUUGGCUGAGUAACCGCGCUCAUCGACUUUUUAACGAAGAAGUGGCGAAAAACCAACGGAAGCUGGAGCAGGGCAAAAUCAGUAAGUUGCACAUCAUCACGAUUAGUACCGAAUCCUUAUUGAAAGCACAGUACAGACCAUCCCGGAUGAUCCAGGAAGCAGGCAGUCAGACCAGCAUCAAAGAUAAAGGACAUGCACCGCUCCUGUCGUGGAUUUGGAGCAGAUUAAAGACCUUCCAUGGUACAAAUACCUUUACACUGCAGUACCUGAGGAACGAUUAA